UUAAUUGUCUCUUUGUCUCUUCCUCCCACCUCUCACUCUUCUCUCUCAUUGUCCCUCUCGAUUUCUUCUUUCCUCCGUUCGCUCAUCCUUUUUUAACUUUUUAUUUCCCUAAUUUAUUUGAUUUUCUCUUUUCGUAGGGUUUCAAACAACAAAAAGUAUCUCCUUUUCUAUCAAUGGUUUGAUUGACUUCCAAUUGAAUUGGCAGUGGAAACAGAAUUAACAGGACGAUCGCCGGCUGAGGCGAUGACGUUUGUUGUCGGAAAUGAAGACAAAACUGGCGUCGUCGUCGCAGUGCCGGAGCUUACGUUAAGAAUCUCGGCUGAUAAUAAUAAAGAUUUUGACGAUCAAAUUGCUUUCCUUAAUCUAAGGCUUUUUGAAGAAGAUGAUGAUGAUUCUAAUUCAAUUACAGAUGGUUAUUUAUCGGAACCUCCAACACCUAGAAGAAUUGGUUGCUGUUUUUUAUGUAAAUGGAUGAAAUUGUUCUUUUUGUUCGUCUUUUUAGGAGGUCUUGCUCUUGUUAUUUUCAAAUGGCUUGGACCCUUUUUUAUGGAUAAGGGAAUAAUUCCUAUUCUAAACUGGGAGAGAUCUUCAUUUAGUACCCCUCAUUUGGCACUUCUAGUCUUUGUAACCGUAUCAUUGUUUCCUACCAUUUUCUUACCUUCAACCCCCUCUAUGUGGGUGGCAGGGAUGACUUUUGGUUAUGGAUUUGGCUUCCUAUUAAUUAUGCCUGCUGUAAUCAUCGGUGUUUCUUUACCUUACCUUGUUGGUUCCCUCUUUCACCACAAAAUCCAAUGUUGGAUGGAAAGGUAUCCGAAGAAAGCUUCUCUCAUAAGAUUAGCCGGCGGGGGAGGAUGGCUUGAUCAAUUUCAAGCUGUGGCAUUGAUAAGAAUUUCUCCGUUCCCCUACAUCAUAUACAAUUACUGUGCUUACGCAACAGGUGUCAGUUAUGGGCCUUAUAUCUUGGGAUCGGUGUUAGGCAUGGUGCCUGAUGUUUUGGUUGCAAUCUAUACUGGUAUAUUAAUAAAGACAUUAGCAGAUGCAUCAAAUGAAAAACAUUCACUCUCAGCACAACAAAUUGUCAUGAAUGUCGUUGGGUUUGCUGCCACAGUUGCUACUACCAUCAUUUGCACGAUUCUUGCAAAAAAACGGCUCAAAACAAUGCCAAUUGAAGAUGAGCCACUUCUGCAAUGAGAACAUGAUUCUAACCAAUGGUAUGGGGUAAAGUAUUAUGAACUGUACAGUCAAUGGUGAUUUGAUUCUGGAGGACGAAAUACAGAGGGGAAACACGACUAACCGAAAACACUUAACAAUAUAGUCAACCAGUGGUAAUUUCUGUUACCGAUUCUUUUGGAAAAGCCGAGAUUUUUGGUUGCUUAACUGUUAGUUGUUGUGCUCUCUUCUUGCUAUUAUACAUAGCAAGCACUAUUGUACAUAAUAGCAUCUCUCUGUCCUAGAGUUGCAGCAGGCUGAUCAUAUUUUGUCUGUAUGAAAUUAUGUAUCAGUUCUUUCUUUGCACAUUUAUAAUUAUAACGGUUGCGAGAUUUAGAGCCUAUCUUUCAUUUGCAGUUGCUCG